AUCCCUGCCAGGUCAGGCUUGGGGGUAGCCCGGGCUGGACUGUCACCCCUCCCCCCAGCACUCUGCCCAGCUACAGGCGACCACGGCUUCUUCCCGCACGGCACCGCACAGGCCGAGAUCGUGCGCGCCUGCGCACUGCCCUGCCCUUCCCCCCCCGGUCCGCAGUUCGCGCUGGCCGGACUCUCUUUCGCGCUGCCGGAGAUGAAGUAGGCUGGAGCCGGAAGCGGAAGCACGGCUAGGGCCAGUCCCCCCUGUGGGGUGGGGGCCAGACCAUAGAGCGAGCGCCACGUCGGGUGAGCGCCCGGUGCGACGCCACCGCAUCAGCUCAGGGACAGUGUGACCGAGGAGCCGGACGCGACCGACGCCACCUGCCUGGGGGAGCCGGACGCGGUGUCUCGAGGCCAUGCGCGUGCCCCGGCCGGGCCCCGGCCUCCUGGGUCCCCUGCUGCUGCCCCUGCUGCUGGCCGGCGGGUGCGGGGCGCUCUCCUUCCAGCUGCCGGCGCAGACCCGCAAGUGCCUGAAAGAGGAGAUGCACCGCGACGUCAUGGUGACCGGGGAGUACGAGGUGUCGGAGGCCGGGGCGCCGGGGGCCAGGACUGAUCUCCGGGUCACAGACUCCUCUGGCCACCUGCUCUACUCCAAGGAAGAUGCCAAGAAGGGCAAAUUCGCCUUCACCACAGAUGACUAUGAGAUCUAUGAGAUCUGCUUCGAGAGCCACGCCCAGUCGGUGGGUUUCCGAGUUCCUGACCAGCUGAUCAGCCUCAACGUCAAACAUGGGGUGGAGGCCCGGAACUAUGAAGACAUUGCCAAGGCAGAGAAGCUGAAGCCCCUAGAGGUGGAUCUGCGACGUCUUGAGGACCUUUCUGAAUCCAUCGUCAAGGACUUUGCCUACAUGAAGCAGCGGGAGGAGGAAAUGAGGGACACGAAUGAGUCCACCAGCACCCGCGUGCUCUACUUCAGCAUCUUUUCCAUGCUGUGUCUGGUGGGCCUGGCCACCUGGCAAGUCUGUUACCUGCGCCGCUUCUUCAAGGCCAAGAAGCUCAUCGAGUGAGCAGCCCCUUGGGUGUGUCUGCCUGCCUCUCUCACAGGCCCUCCUGCGCUGGGCUCCCUUCCUCGUGGCCCUAGAAUCCACAUCCAGCCUCUCUCAGCUCUAGUGGGAAGUGGCGCCUGCACUGGACAUCUCUGCCCAUCAGGAAUGGAUUCUGGUGGGAAGAGGGGGUUCUGGCCCCCCAAUAAGGAUCCAACUACUCCCAUUUUUAAGGAUCUUGUAGUUAACAGAGGAUCCAGUAGUGUUGGCACCAUGAUCGGGGGAUUGGGUUGUAAUUAUUUUAAAAUAAAUAGUUAAUUGGG